AUGAAACGGACCCCACGCUUAGAAGAAUUAACGGCCGAGUUGCACCAAUUGAACGGAGGACUAAGAGUGGUUCUGGCUCCCGCUUCCACCCGGACGGCCCCAUCGGAGGCUUCCGUGAUGGGUACCCACGCGGACGGCCCCAUCGGAGGCGUCCGUGAUGGGUACCCCAAGGUGCAAGCCCUGGAAUCGCCUAUUGAAGGAUAUGCCAAGUCGAUCAAGAAGAAACUUUGCAAUUGUUGA